AGUUCUUCACUGGCUCAUGUCCGAUGACGGGUCUACCGCCUUUCCUGUCUGCAUCACAGUCUAGCAGCGCACCCAGACGUGAGGCAUCUCGAUGGUCCACAGGUUGUUGGGGACAAGAAGAAUGGGGAUGAGCUGCUUCUCCUCCUGCUCAAUUGGGGAGUAAUUGGGAUAAUGGAUGGUAUGGCGGUGGGGAAUGGAAUGUCUCUGGGAAGGGGGGGCUCGAGUAAUGACUGGUGGGUGAAUCAAGGAUACCCUCCUCCUCCUCCUCCUGGCAAGGGAUCAUGGGGGUCUGCGCUCAACUACAAUGAUAUCAAAGGGAAGGGUAAAGGCGUUAAGGGCAAGAGUGGUCACAGAUUGGGUUGUGAUGGGUCCGGGCAAUGGGGCCAUCCACCAGCCAAGAAAGGGAGGUGGUCGUCAGACGAACAACAUAAGAGCGAAUUUUAUUGCAACCCAUGUGGAAAAGAUCUAUUCACUGCCGAUGCUCUCGAUGAGCAUGUCCUCACCUUUCACGUCACCUGUCCUCAUCCUGGUUGUGAUUACAGUGCGAGGCCUGAUCUUGUUGCCGCGCAUAAACUGUCCCAUUGCCUGAUCACAACUGCUGAUGGUAAAUCGGAAUCUCUGACUGCGUCACAAGCCGAGACUGAUGCGUGGCUUGCACGGCGGAAGAAGAACUUCCCUUCGAGAGCUCGAAACGAUGCCCCGAAAGAAGCGUUUAAUGUGAGCGAGAUGUGCACAUUAGAGAAAGCUAUACGGGCGUCCAUGAGGGAGAAUAGGGAACGGAGAAAGAGAGAACGAGCUGAGCGUGAAGCCAAAUUUGCAGAGCGACGAAUAUGUACGCAUUUUGCCAAGUUUGGGAGAUGCAAGUAUGAGGACUCAUGCCAUUUCGAGCACAUUCAGCCGAAGAAAGGGAUAUGCCGCUUCUUCCAGGAGAGAGGUUAUUGUCGUCAUGGAGACAACUGCAAGUUCAAUCACGUUAAACAACAAGAGCAGCCGAAGGAGAGUAUGCAGGAACAGCUCAUUCGACGACUAAUGCGUGACGAUAUAGAUAGAUAUAAUGCUACAGUUCUACAGUGCCUGAGAUUCUUCGUUACUGAACAUUUCUUCGAGGAGAAAGCGGAUGCUCUGACUCUUGGUGACGCUGAGUCGGAUAACGGCUCGGGCAGCGAUUCUGAUGACGAUGAGUACUCCUCUGGGGAUGAUACAUGA